AUGAGCGGCAAAACUGGCGGCGAGUCCCCUGCCCGCGAGGGUGACCCCACCGUUCGCAAGGCAAACGCCAAGAAGCUUGCGGCCGGUUACACCAAGAAGAAGCGCUUCCUGGAGUGCUGUUACCUCUCCGUCGCGACGUAUCUGUGGUUCACGCAGUUCAUCGGUGUCGCGCGUUACUUUGUGCACAGUGGGGAGGCGCAGCUGGUGCAGUUGGCGUGGAUCCCACUCAUGAUUGUGUCUGCCAUGGCGCUUGCGGACUUCAUCAGUGGCAUCGCCCACUGGGGCCUCGACACGUGGGGCACGCCGGACACGAUGGUGUUCGGCAACUUCAUCCGCUCCUUCCGCGAGCACCACGUGGACCAGGUCGCCAUGACAAAGCACGACUUUAUCGAGACAAACGCCGACACAACUCUCCCACUCAUUCCGGUGCUGCUUCUACAGCGGUACUUCCUCAACUGCCCUAACGUGCAUAACAAGUACAUCUACAAUGUGCACAACGGUAAUGUCGGCGGUCAUGUGUUUCUGCUGACNCUGACGCUCUUCGUUGCCUUUACGAAUGAGUUCCACAAGUGGGCGCACGAGGUGAAGCCGAACGUUGUAGCGCGUUUCCUCAUGUCGAAGAAUCUCAUCCUGACCCCGCUGGUGCACCGCAAGCACCACCGCGACAACUACGACUCCGGCUACUGCAUCACCACCGGCUGGAUGAACUCGGGCCUCGACCGCAUCGACUUCUGGCGCAAGGCGGAGGUGGUGGUGACGGCGCUCACGGGUGAGAUUCCGCGCGCGAAUGACCAGUGGAUGCUCGGCAAGUGA